UUUUAACGGGAGAUACAAAAAUCGUAAAAAGGAAUCGCCCAUAGACGAUUCCCACCACCCUUAAACCCUAAACGUCGCCUUUCUUCUCAAAAAACCCUAGCUCCUUCCUUUCAACUAAAUUCUUUCUACUCUUUCAAAAAUUUAAUACUCUAAUUGACCACUAUCAUCAUCAAUACAUCACACUUUAAAACUAUCAAUCAAAACGUAAACUGAUAAUCUUCAUGGCAUCAACACAAAUGAAGAAGAAUUACCGGUGCGUGCCGUCUAUACAGCAAUUUUACAGCGGUGGGCCAUUCGCAGUUUCGUCAGACGGUUCCUUCAUCGCCUGUGCUUGCGGUGAAGCAAUCAAGAUCGUUGAUUCGGCCAACGGUGCAGUAAGAGCAACUAUUGAAGGCGAUACAGAGGCCGCCACGGCUUUGACACUUAGUCCUGAUGAUAAAUUGAUGUUCUCUGCUGGCCACAGUAGACAAAUUAGGGUUUGGGACUUGUCCACUAUGAAAUGUGUGCGCUCUUGGAAGGGACAUGAAGGUCCAGUAAUGGGCAUGGCAUGCCAUGCAUCAGGGGGCUUGCUUGCAACAGCAGGAGCUGAUAGAAAAGUUCUUGUUUGGGAUGUUGAUGGUGGCUUCUGUACUCAUUUCUUUAAAGGUCAUAAAGGUGUUGUUUCGAGUGUUAUGUUUCAUCCUGAUGCAAAUAAAAUGCUUCUUUUCUCUGGAAGUGAUGAUGCAACUGUACGAGUUUGGAAUCUUGCAUCGAAGAAGUGCAUAGCAACAUUAGAGAGACAUUUUACAACUGUGACCUCUUUGGAAGUGUCUGAAGACGGAUGGACAUUACUCAGUGCUGGAAGAGAUAAGGUGGUAAACUUGUGGGACCUUCAUGACUAUACCUGCAAGAUUACGAUUCCAACUUAUGAGAUUGUGGAAGAUUUGUGUGUAAUCCACUCUGGGACUCAGUUUUCUUCAUUGAUAGGUUCAUACAGUCAGCUUAGUGGAAAGAGCAGAAAUGGAUCAUCAGCAAUUUAUUUCAUUACAGUUGGUGAGCGUGGCAUUGUACGAAUAUGGACCUCCGAACGUGCAGUUUGCCUUUAUGAGCAAAACUCCUCGGAUAUUACCGUCACCUCAGACACAGAUGAGUCAAAAAGAGGCUUCACUGCUUCUGUGAUCCUUCCUUCAGAUCAGGGAGUGCUGUGUGUGACUGCUGAUCAGCAGUUUUUACUCUAUUUGGCAGUGGGACACCCUGAAGAGAAGUUUAAGUUAGAAUUGAACAGGAGACUUAUUGGGUAUAAUGAGGAGAUUCUGGAUAUGAGGUUUCUGGGUGAGGAGGAAAAGUGUCUUGCUGUUGCCACAAAUAUUGAACAGAUCCGGGUGUAUGACUUGGAAUCUAUGUCGUGCUCUUAUGUAUUGCCUGGUCAUACUGAAAUUGUUUUGUGCCUUGACACCUGCGUGUCAAGAUCUGGAAGGGCACUUAUAGUAACAGGAAGCAAGGACCACACUGUAAGGUUGUGGGAUUCAGAAAGUAGAAAUUGUGUUGGUGUUGGAACAGGUCACAUGGGAGGUGUUGGAGCUGUUGCAUUUUCAAAGAAGUUGAAAAAUUUCUUUGUUAGUGGUAGCAGUGAUCGUACCAUCAAGGUGUGGAGUUUGGAUGGUAUCUCCGAAGAUGCAGACCAGUUUGUUAAUUUGAAAGCAAAGGCAGUUGUAGCAGCUCAUGAUAAAGAUAUAAAUUCUCUGGCCAUUGCACCAAAUGAUAGUUUAGUCUGUAGUGGUUCUCAAGACCGGACUGCCUGUGUAUGGAGGCUUCCAGAUCUAGUAUCUGUAGUUGUACUCAAAGGGCAUAAAAGAGGAAUUUGGUCUGUUGAGUUCUCACCAGUUGACCAAUGUGUCAUUACAGCAUCUGGCGACAAAACAAUAAAGAUAUGGGCUAUAGCUGAUGGGUCUUGCUUAAAAACAUUUGAAGGGCAUACAUCAAGCGUAUUAAGAGCUUCAUUUUUGACUCGCGGGACCCAAUUUGUUUCAUGUGGUGCUGAUGGUUUAGUAAAGCUGUGGACUGUAAAAACAAAUGAAUGCAUAGCCACAUAUGAUCAACAUGAGGAUAAGGUUUGGGCCUUGGCCGUAGGAAAACAGACAGAAAUGUUUGCCACUGGUGGUGGUGAUGCAUUGGUCAAUCUGUGGUAUGAUUCAACUGCCUCUGAUAAAGAAGAAGCCUUCCGUAAAGAGGAGGAAGGGGUUUUAAAAGGUCAGGAAUUGGAAAAUGCUUUGUUAUAUGCUGAUUACACUAGAGCUAUCCAAAUAGCAUUUGAACUUCGCAGACCUCAUAAACUUUUUGAGUUAUUUUCCCAAAUUUGCAGGAAGAGAGGCGCUGUCAAUCAGAUAGAGAAUGCGCUUCGUGCUCUUGGCAAAGAGGAAUUCCGUCUACUUUUCGAGUAUGUUCGGGAAUGGAAUACAAAGCCAAAACUAUGCCAUGUUGCACAAUAUGUUCUCUUUCAAGUUUUCAACAUCCUUCCUCCAACAGAGAUUCUUGAGAUAAAGGGGGUCGGGGAACUUCUUGAAGGUCUAAUCCCAUAUUCCCUGAGGCAUUUCAGCAGGAUAGACCGAUUACUAAGAAGCACAUUUUUGGUGGACUAUACACUGAUAGGAAUGUCAGUUAUUGAGCCGAACACUGAAGCUGCACAAACAGAUAUACCCACCAAUGUUACGAAUGAGGAAACCAUGCUUUUAGCAGAAGAAGCUGAGGAAGAGGAGCAACAACCUGAAGUGUUGAAAGAGAAAACUCGUUCAAAGAAGCGGAAAUCAAACAAAGCUAAAGACGGUUCACAUAAGAAAGUCAAGGGCACAGCUUACACAAGCGUAGCUGCUAUUCCAUUACAGGCAUAAAAGAGUUGAAAGAUACUUUUGCUCCUGCAGCCUGCUUACUUUAUUUUGGAGAAUUCGCCUCCUGCUAUUGAGGAGAAAGCAAUUUUGACAGUGUAAAUUGUAGAAACUAAUAUCCAUUUCUCCGUUGGAGAAUUCACCAUACAGCUCAAUAUUUUUUUUUUUUCUGAAACAUUUUGUAACAUAAACAUUGUACGGUUUGGCAAUUUCUAUUUGUAAAAGAUAUUGAUUUGAUCGGCAGAAGCCAUUAA